AUGUCCGUGUCCAGGCGAGCAGUGCUUUUGAGACUUGUAGCUCUACUUGCUUCAGCGGUGUUGCAUGCAUCAGAAAGCAGAGGCGAUGGGUCCACAAAUGCGAGUUCGUGUGCGCAGACUUUCUGCAGAAAGGGAAAGAUGUGUGUUGAAAGUAAGAUCGGCGAAGUGAUCACCGCAGAGUGUACGUGUCCAGUGAACUGCUCAAAUGUACAUCGCCCUGUUUGCAGCGUUUAUCAUGUGGAAUUUCCAAACAUCUGUGAGUUACAUAAGUUUGCCUGUGCAAAUGAAAUGCAUAUUCAAGUAAAGCAUCAAGGGAACUGCAGCGAACAAGAGGCUUCAUCAGCUUGCCGCAAAUCACAAAUAAUAAAUUUUCAAGACAAGUGGUUGCAAAGAAUUUUCCCAGUAUACCAGGAAAGCAGGGUAUUUUCUGUGGUUGAAAGACUCCUACUUGCAAAGCGUAAUUUUGACCGGUACUGGGACAAAGAUAAAAACGGUUUGCUCACCGAGGACGAAAUAUCAAGAAUUUUCCACGAGAGGACAUUUUUAAACUCUGCAUGCAUUGUAGGGCUCAUUAGAUCAUGUGAUACUGACAGGAUCCCAGGAAUAAACAGACAAGAAUGGUACACUUGCUUCAAAACCGAAGGAGGAGAGUGGCGUUGGUCUCCCUGGACUGACUGCUCAGUCACAUGUGGAGGUGGUCGGCAAAGACGAACAGGCACUUGUAUUUUACCCAGUACAGGACAGAGACUACGACGAAAGCUUUGUGUUGGGAAACAUCAUCAAAUGAAAUAUUGUUCCAACGGAGUGUGUCCAGGCCAGUGGCGUUGGUCAACCUGGACUGACUGCUCAGUUACAUGUGGAGGUGGUCGGCAAAGACGAACAGGCACUUGUAUUUUACCUAGCACAGGACAGAAACUACAACGAGAGCGGUGUGUUGGGAAUGAUUAUCAAAUAAGAAAUUGUUCCAAUGAAGUGUGUCCAGGCCAGUGGCGUUGGUCUCCUUGGACUGACUGCUCAGUCACAUGUGGAGGUGGUCGGCAAAGACGAACAGGAACCUGUAUUUUACCCAGUACAGGACAGAGACUACAACGAGAGCGGUGUGUUGGGAAUGAUUAUCAAAUAAGAAAUUGUUCCAAUGGAGUGUGUCCAGGCCAGUGGCGUUGGUCUCCCUGGACUGACUGCUCAGUCACAUGUGGAGGUGGUCGGCAAAGACGAACAGGAACCUGUAUUUUACCCAGUACAGGACAGAAACUACAACGAGAGCGGUGUGUUGGGAACCAUCAUCAAACAAGAAAGUGUGUUAAUGGAGAAUGUCCAGACUGGAUGGUGUCCAUUGAUACUGAUGGUAAAUGGAGUCGCUGGUCAUCGUGGACUGAUUGCUCGCGUUCUUGUGGAAAGGGUCGACAGAGUCGAACUCGUGUGUGUACUAACAAAGCCACUGGAAAGCUUCUAAAAAACGGCUGGUGUGCCGGGAAACCUCGACAGGAAGACAUAUGCGCGGACUGGAAGUGCCCAGAUAAAAGGAAAAGAAAGUGUCCACUAGAUAGAGAAGGUACUCUAAAGGGACGAGUAUUAACAAAACGUGACGCACCUCUGGCUGGAGCUAAUGUAUCGCUUGCCGAGUCUCCAUAUAAGAUAUUGAGUCGCACUCAAGAAAAUGGCUUCUUCGAAGUCAAUGCAUUCUGCUUCGACAAAGAAAAAGUCAUUUUGAUUAUCAAGCGUGGAUACGUCCCCCAGACUUUUCGCAUAACGGGCUCGAAAUCCACCUUUAAAUUCAAGAUGGAAAACGCAGUUCACCCGACAGUAACAGCUCACCCAGAAGACAGAAGACGUUUUGUUGGACAAGAUGUCAUAUUUUGUUGCCAGGUGGAAGGAAAUCCACCUCCAGUCAUAGAAUGGUUUCGAAAUGAAAACAUCUUAGACUCAGACGAAUUUAAUAAUAAAGAAACGUUACUGUUGCGAAAGGUGGAAAAGAACAUGGCUGGAAAUUUUAGAUGCCGUGCAGUAAAUCAAUUCGGCGCAGAAUUUUCUGAGUCUGCGACAUUAACUGUUCUCGACCCAGUUUUGAACUCGUGCAACUCUACACCAUCUGAUCAUUACAUAAACCUUCCCGAUGGAUGUACAGAUCUCACAGGUAAAAGCAAGGUAAACAUCGGAAAGUGCGAUAAUAGCCCUUGUAUACGGGCUGAUGUGGCCCCCAAACAGUCCUGUGAGGAAGAAGAACGCUGUUGCCAGGCUGGAGCUGUGAGUGAAACCACCGUUCGCUGUGGUCAAGGAGAGUUUACAGUAAAGCGCAUUGCGAGCUGCAGAUGUGACAUUUGCAAAGAGGGAGAUACCAUUGUGAAAGGAGUUGUGGUAGGGGGACCAGAUGAAACACCGGUGGAAUAUUGCGACAUUCUGGUUAACGAUACAGUUGUUACCUUCUCCGACUUCGACGGAACUUUUCAACUGACUGUGAAAAAGACUACAAAGCGAUUGGUGGCAACGUUUCGAGAUUACACGGAGGAGUACGAGGAAACAACAGUUACGUUACCUUUCCAAAAGAGCACAACAACAUUCCAUAAAAUUCAUCUUCGCCUAGAAGCGAAACCCAUUGAAUUUGAUCCCGAAGAAGAGAAGGUGGUACCUCUUGUGGGAGAUGCAGCGGCAGAAGUUGUUAUACCAGCCAAUAGCUUAAUUGACAAGGAUGGAAACCCCCAAAAAGGCAAAGCGAAAGUGAAAGUUCAGUUUAGCGAUCCCAGAAGUGAGCAAGACAUUCUAGAAUCACAAGGUGAUUUUACUACUGUCGACGAAGAUGGUGAAGAACAGUUACUCAGAACGUACGGCCUUUUCAAAAUCAAGGUACAGGACGAAAAUAACAACAACCUCGGCCUCACCAAGGAUCUUCAUAUUAACAUCGACAUAGAACAAAUAACUGGAGAGACCUUCAAUGAAUCUACACCCUUACCACAUCUGUGGUGGCUGGACCAGAAAACUGGUCGAUGGGUGGACGCUGGCCAACUUGAACGAAACAGCGAAAGUGCCAAGCGCAGAAAGAGAAACUUACGGUCCAGGGCAUUUUCUGGAGCAAUAAGCCCAGAGAAUGUUCAAAAUGCUUACAAUCUCGAUUACAGUUAUGACAGGUGUUUUGCAAAGGUUAGAGCAACCAAACAAGAUGGAUCAGGAAUACGAAGUGCGAAAGUCACCAGUAUUUUCGUGAAUCCUCGUGGACGAGCGAUUCAAGGGUACUUAAGGAGGACAACCUCCUCAAAUGGCUACCUAUGCAUUUCAACCCAGUGCAACAGCGAUGGUUACAUGGAGGUGGAGGAAGACGGAGAGCCUUUACUACCUCAUGAGCACGAAGUGCGUGCUCUCCCUCCCGAAACGAGUGCUUCCAUCGUAGAUACUCGAAGAAUCAAUUUUAAUCCUGGUGCGCGACCACUUAACGGCCCUGUGUACCAAAAAGCUCAAGCUAGCUCUUGUUGGAGUAGUGGGCAGAGUUACUUCUCAUUUCAUAGCCAAGGUGACGCACAAGUUUUCAACCAGGGGUACGUCCCGCAGCCGCCUUUCCAACGACGAUUUGGACGUGCAUCCAAUAGAAGGAGAUGCUAUUUAAAGAUCUUGACAUCGGGGACAACGAGUACCUUGGUAACGGCAGAAAGUUAUUCUGAAGAUGAGGGAACACUGUAUGGGACAGCCACUAAACAAACCGAGAGAGUCAACAGCAAUUUAUAUGCAGCUUGCAUAGAGCACAGAUGUCCUGAACGCGAUGCAACAUUGAUUCGUUUCACAGUGUUGACCGGAGAAUGCCGAAGAAGUCGAGUUCAAGAUAUUUUAGACGAGAAUAGAAACAGCGGUCUAGCACCAAAUGUGGCAAAGGCUUUGACUCCAACUGACGAUGAAUUGUCUGGUAAUUCUCUCGGGAUGUUCACGUGCCGACGAUGCAACUCGGCUGGUCUUAUAAGCGACUUCGAAACUGACUGCCUUAAAAAGCGAAUAGUAGACGGGAGUAGAAUAAAAUUUUUCGCAGUAAAGUUUACUUGCAACUAGUAAAACACCAACUCAUGGCUACGUCUAAAUCUUUGACUAAAAUUCAAAUUCAAGAAAAGACUAGGAGAAUUCCAGAAAUAAUUUUUUUUCCAUUUAGUACUACUUCUAGCAUCGUGUGCGGUUUUUUUUGUUGUUGUCUAAAUUACUCUUUCAGUAGUAUGUGACAACUCUAAUCAGUCAACCAUACAAAUUCUGGUGACUAAUAGCAGCGUCAGUCCGUUCAGUUAAGCCAGUGAACCAAACGAAGAGCCCGCCCCCAGAGAUUCGCAAAUGGACGUCUUAACAUAAGAAGGCAUUGUUAAAAACUACUUAAUUCUAGCUAUCAAUUCUGACAACAGAGGCCCAUGCAUCAAACCUGCCAAAUUCAAUUUUUUCAAAAUGUUGGAAACGAAGUAUCUCAUUAAAAUUCCUCUGGUUUUCCGCAAGCAGGAAAAUUCAACACGACCUUAUGUAACAAAUCAAUCAAAUUUGCCCAAAUCUUAAAGUGAAGCUUCGCAUAUUUUACACCUCAUUUACGUUUUGUAAGAGCGCGAGGUUGUAGGAUGUGAAACGAAUAACAGUACCGUGAGUCGAUAAAUCUGAAAGUAACGGCUUUCUCAGUUUUCCGUGUUGAGUAUUGUGGAGGUAAAACAUUCACUUUUUUUAAGACGCUCAAGUCUGGUUUUACGAUACUUUGGAUCCAGCCUCUAAGUGUUUCUACACCUAGUAACCAUUGUAUAUUGUGGACUGAAAAAAUGUCUUAAGAUGUCCACGGAAAAUUGUGGCGCGACCUUGACGCAAAAGUAUCGUUUUCACAUCUUUUUUCCAAAGUGUUCACGAAGAAUGAAUCUGCAGUUAACAAAGCACACUUUUCAAAUCCUCAAUUCAUCUCUUUUUAAUUCAAAAUGUCGCAAAUAGUGGUGAAUUGGAACGGAGAAGCAGAUGUGAUUAGUACAAUAAUGAAAAAUCUUGUACUACCUUUAUAGGAUAUGGAAGAUGGCUUACGUGUUUAAACGUAUCUCGCAACGUCUUAUGGUAGGUGAAAAUUGAAUGUAACAAUGUUCUCUGGGGGCGAGCUAAAACUAAAUCUUUUUUCAAAAGUCACGCAGACUUACAACUUCCAAGUCAUUGGCAGGCUAAAAUAUGUGACAGCCUCCAAAAUAUUCUUACUGCUGCAGAGUAAAACCCCAAAUUUAAUAAGUAUCAGAAACGUGUCUGACAUCACGUAUUUCUUUUCUUAGUGAGUGAUUGGUUUCGAUUUAUUGUGCACGUUUUUCCUCUUUGUAUCAGUGGACUGUCAACUAUAAGUUCGGCGGAAUCACAUAAUUGAAAUCUUUAAGCAAAUUACCAUAAAAACUAAUUUCUAUAUCAAAUGUGAACGAGUGACUGGUGGCGUAACCUUUCAUUACAAAAAUGCUGAGUGAACAGCGUACAAUUGUAACGCACAAGAGAUCCUUUAGAAGACCGUUUUCCUUCUUGAUCUUCCUACUAUUGUCCCGUAUUUUGCAACACCUCAUUGAGUAACUUUGCAUGAUUCCCAGCUUUGCUGAUAUUAUCCGAACAAUAUAUUCUUUUUCGCAUUGACAACCAAUGUUCUUUAUAUCUAACGCAACUAAGUAAACUAUAAUAAAUAAUAAUUAAAAUG